AUGCUGUCCAGGGGCCCCCCGCUCCUGGCCCACGUGCCCGUGGCCCCUCGUUUUCCGCUACUGGAACACCUUGCCCAGGUGCCCGCGCCCCUCCCCGCCGUGGAAGGAGGUGCGCGUGGAGUUGGGUGGCCCCCGCAGCAGCAGGAGCCUCUAGAGCGUGUGCGUGCGCCCCUUCGGGGACACCGCCAGGAGCAACUUGUGCAUGUGCUGGGGCAGCUGGGGCCGCGUGAACUCCGAGCGCUUGGACAGCAGCAGCAGCAGCCGCCGCCGCCGCCGCCGCGGGAGCGGCAGCUUCUCGGUGCGCUCCUCGAGGCGGCCGUACCGGGGCUGGAGGAGCGUGAGGUACCGCCGCAGCAGGUGCCGGGUUUGGCGCUUGACCCGCCCCGGCAUCAGCCCGGGCGACGCCUCGGGGCGCUCCUGCUCCGCGGGCGCGCGCCGCCGCUCCUUCCGCUUCUCGCCGCCGCCAGGCCCGCGCGCCCCCGCCUCGCCCGCCCCCGCCCAGGUCCGCGGCGCCCGCUCCAGCUUCCGCCUCUCGUGCGGCCUCAUCCACCGCUCCUGCUUCUCCUCCGGCGCCGGCCCCUCCUCGCGCCGCCUCUCGGUGACCCUCCUCGUGGGGCCCGCCUUGAGCCGCCCCUCUCCCCCCGGCUCGAGGGUGCGCAGCAGGGGCCGGAGCAUCUAGAGCUGCCCCUCGGCUAG